ACGUGCGCCGUUCAUUAAUGAAUUAAUUAGCAGAUGAGCUGUUUAUCAGCGGAGUCUCGUGCUUGGUAAAAGGAGGGUUAACCGGUCUCGCGCUGACAGGCUGAGCGCGAGCCGGGCUCCGGGGCAGCAGCUACCGGGGGAGAGUUCGGCACAAUCUACCGCCAUCCUCCCGCUGCAGCGCGCGCGGACCGGCUGUGAGCGCGCGGCGGGGGCAGGUAAAGAAGUGAUGGACACCCUGUCUGUCCCGACACCUGUCUCAUCUCAUAUGUCUCAGCUCAGCCCAGACGAGCAAAAGUUACUGGCCAAACUGGAGGAGCAGAACAGGUUGCUGGAGACGGACAGUAAAUCCUUAUACUCGGUGAGCGGUGUUCUCAGAAGCCCCUCCUCUCUGAGGAUCUUCUCGUUUGAGGAGGACUCCAGCGAGUGGGGAAGUGUUGUUGAAAACUGGGAAAAAUGGAGUAAGAAGAAAGUAAAGCAGCUGAAGGAGAUGAUCCGGAAAGGGAUCCACCCUCAUUUCCGGCCCACGGUGUGGCAGAUGCUGUGUAAUUCCCACAGUUUAUCCGUACAGGAACAGUACACCGAGCUGCUGCAGAACACCAGUCCCAGCGAGAAGCUGAUCCAGAGGGACCUGAGCAAACUCCUCCCCCAUCACCCACUCUUCCAGGGCCUGCAGGACCGCCUCCAGCAGCCACUCUACAACAUACUGAAGGCUUAUUCAGUUUUAGACCGGGACGUUGGCUACCAUCAGGGCAGUGUGUUCAUAGCUGGACUGUUACUCAUGCAGAUGCCGGAGGAGCAGGCGUUUGGGGUGUUUGUGAGGCUGAUGCAGGACUUUCGGCUGAGGGAAAUCUACAGGACUCAUAUGGUUGAACUGGGCUGCUGUACGUUCCAGUUAGAAGGUCUAAUCCAGGAGCAGCUUCCUGAUCUUUAUUCCCACUUCCGGACUCAAGCCUUCAAAACCUCCACCUUCUCUUCAUCCUGGUUCCUCACGCUCUUCCUCUCCUGCCUGCCUCUGACUGCAGCCAACAGGGUCUUCGACAUCUUCAUGUGUGAGGGUCUAGACAUUGUGUUUCGCGUGGGAUUGGCCAUCCUGCAGCUGACCGAGACCGAGCUCAUGAAGCUGGAUGCGGAGGGGAUGACACAGUUUUUAGAGAAAACCGCCCCCCAGCUAAUGAACUCCAACCCAGAGCAGAUGAUCGCCACCGCUUAUCAAAUAAAAUACGACUCCAAGAGAAUGAAGAAGCUUGAAAAAGAAUACACAGCCAUGAAAGUGAAGGAAAUGGAGGAACAAGAAGAAAUAAAGAAACUACAGUCAGAAAAUAAAGUUCUGCGACACAGGAUCGACACUCUGGAGAAAAGGCAGGAUGAGGAGGCAGUGUGGAGGCUGGGUCAGGAGGCGGUACAGAUCAGGCUGAAGGAGGCGGAGCUUCAGCGAGUUUUAAAGCAGAUGGAGAUAAAGAUGCUGCUGAUGGAGAAAAGCAUCUCAGUUCCUGAGGAUAGCAGUGUGGAUCUACAUGAGCAGCUGGUCAGUGGGAAGCUGAGGGAGGCGGAUACGUUAAUCGAACUCCAGGAGGUCAGAAAUCACCUCAAAGACAUGGAGGAGAAAUGGCAGAGUCAGCAGAAGAGCAGGGGCAGCAGUGGGAGUGAUCUGCAGGGGGAACUGAUGAGCGUGAGAUUCAGAGAGGCUCACGCUCAGCUCCAGCUCACGCAGAACCGCCGCAGACUGCUGCAGCUGCAGACGCAGGAUCAAAUCAACAGUCUCCAGAUGAAGCGAAUCACCGAGCGCAUGCACAGCCAGCGCGAGCGUCUGCAGGAGCUAACGAUGCAAAACCAGCGCCAGCGCAGUCUACUGGGCAAAACAACAGAGGAAGAGCCUCGCAAGCAGGACUGUGAUGAAGAACAGGACGAUGGUGCAUCCACUGCCAGAAGGCUACAGGACCAGAUAGCAGAGUUACAGGCCCAGAUUCAGACACUCUCCAGGCAGAAGAGAUCCACCAGGCUGUAGAAUAAUGAAGCUGGACAGAGUGGGCGGACGUCCCGCUGGCUAGCCGUCCUGUCUCCACCAGCAUCCGACGGGACGAGGGACCUGGGCUAUGAACAGCUCUGACCCUGCGGCCCACGGCUGCCAUGCCCACCGGGGCGGUGAAUUUCCAGCACCUGAAUACAGUGAAUAAACCAGUACAGCCCUUACAGUCCGCGCUGGAGACAUCAGUCAUAAGAAUGAUGCAGUCAAUAAACUGGCAUUGAUUAUUAUUCAUCAAUAUUCUACACUGAACUGAUUCUGAAACGGGUUCUGGUCCUGGUUCUGGUUCUAUUUCUAUCCUGGUCCUGUAAGGGAUCUGCCCUUGAAGCUAACUUGCACUUAGGUUAAACCCUUUAACUUUAACUGGAUCAAUUGGUAAUUAAUAAUAAAUCUUAAUAUUGAGUGAAACCUGAAUUAUCCAGUACUUUCUAUCAAUUAUCCAGUGCUUUCUAUGAAUUACCCAGCACUUUCUAUGAAUUACCCAGCACUUUCUAUGAAUUACCCAGCGCUUUCUAUGAAUUAUCCAGUGCUUUCUAUCAAUUAUCCAGUACUUUCUAUCAAUUAUUCAGUGCUUUCUAUGAAUUACCCAGUGCUUUCUAUCAAUUAUCCAGUACUUUCUAUCAAUUAUCCAGUGCUUUCUAUGAAUUAUCCAGUGCUUUCUAUGAAUUAUCCAGUGCUUUCUAUCAAUUAUCCAGUGCUUUCUGUGAAUUAUCCAGUACUUUCUGUGAAUUAUCCAGUACUUUCUAUGAAUUAUCCAGUACUUUCUAUGAAUUAUCCAGUGCUUUUUGUGAAUUAUCCAGUACUUUCUAUGAAUUAUCCAUUAUCUGCUUGGAAUUAUAUUCAGCACUGUGAGUUAUUCAGUAUUGCCAAUGUAUUCUUUAGAAUCUACUAUGAAUUCCUCAGGAUCUAGUAUGAAUGAACCAGAAUGUAUUUUGAGUUUUCCACUAUAUAUAUAUAUAUAUACAAUGAAAUGUCCAGUACCUAUAGUGAAUUAUCCAGUAUCUACUACAAAUUCCUCAGUAACAAGUAUUAAUUAUCCAAUAUGUACUGUCAACUGUCCGGUAAGUAUUCUAAAUUAUGCAGUAUCGGCUAGAAAGACUGUAUUAUAAACUGUAAAUGAUUCGAUAUCUACUUUGAAUUACCUGUAUGUAUUUAAUAUUAUCCAGUAUGUACUAUGAUUUGUAGUUUGUACUGUAAAUUAUUAAGUAUGUACUAUGCAUUAUUCAAUAUAUUAACCUAUAUGUACUAUAAAUUGUAGCAGGUACUGUACUUUAUUCAGUAUGUACAAUGAUAUAUCUAUUAUAUACUAGUACUAGAGUUAUGUAGUAGCUACUGUGGAUUAUCCAGUAUAUUAUCCAGUAUGUACUAUGAAUUGUAGUUUUGACUGUAAACUAUUCAGUAUGUAAAAUUAUAAAUCCACUAUAUACUGAGUCAUGUAGUAUAUACUGUAAAUUAUCCAGUAUGUACUAUGCAUUUUCCAGUAUUUACUAUAAAUUGUAUUAUGUACUGUACUUUUUUUUGUAUGUACAAUGAUAUAUCCACUAUAUACUGAGUUAUAUAGUAUCUACUGUGAAUUAUCCAGUAUGUACUAUGAAUUGCAGUAUGUACUGUACACUAUUUAGUAUGUACAAUAAUACAUCCAGUAUCUACUGUGGAUUUUCCAGUAUGUACUAUGCAUUAUCCAGUGUGUACUAUAAAUUGUAGUAUAUACUGUACAUUAUUUGGUAUGUACAAUAGAAUAUCCAAUAUA